AUUGUUGCUUAGCAACAGCAAACCCGUCGGGUAGCAGCUGCAAGCUGCAAAACCCUGCUCUGGGAGACGGCAGCGGCAUGUGCGAGGGCCCAUCCCGCAUUUCGGGGCCCAUCCCCCCAGACCCUACGCUCUGUCCUGACUACUACCGGAGGCCCGCCUCGGCCCAAGGGCGCCUUGAGGGGAACGCGCUGAAGCUGGACUUGCUGACCUCGGACCCAGACUUGGACGCCACCCCUCCCCGCGGCCCCCGCAUACGUCCUGGAGCCAGACAGAUCCUAGAACGUGGCCGAUGCGGUGUGGGGGGCGUGCUGCUGCAACUUGGGGGUAUCUCCCUAGGCCCAGGGGCCUCUCCCAAAAGGAAGGACCCUAAAGACCAUGAGAAGGAGAACCUGAGGAGGAUCAAGGAGAUCCAGAAGCGCUUCCGCGAGCAGGAGCGCAGCCGGGAACACGGCCAGCCCAGGCCCCUGAAGGCUCUGUGGCGCUCUCCCAAAUACGACAAAGUUCAGUCCCGGGUCAAGGCCCAACUGCAGGAGCCUGGUCCUGCUUCUGGGACAGAGACAGCACACUUCCUGCGGGCACACUCUCGCUGCGGCCCUGGGCUCCCACCUCCCCGUGUCCCCAGUCCCCAGCCAACCCCAUCAGAUCCCAAUGUCAAGAUGCAAGUAUGUGUGCCAGGUCUGGGUGUGGACUUCAUUAGCCACAAUGCCCGCACUGCCAAGAGGGCCCCCCGGCGGCAUUCCCGCUCGAUGCAGAUCCUGGCACAGGUGCUGGAGCAGCAGCGACAAGCCCAGGAGCACUACAACACCACACAGAAGGGCCACGUGCCUCAUUACUUGUUGGAGCGUAGGGAUCUGUGGCGACAGGAGGCCGAGGCCCGCCAACGGAGCCAGCCAGACCCUGCCAUGCCCCCUGGCCACACUCGCAUGCCUGAGAACCAGCGGCUGGAGACCCUGAGCAAUCUACUCCAGAGCCAGAGCCAGCUGCUGCGUGAGCUGGUGCUACUGCCCGCCAGGGCAGACUCCCUGAGGGCCCAAAGUCACCGUGCUGAGCUGGAUCGGAAGCUGGUGCAGGUAGAGGAGGCCAUCAAGAUCUUUUCCCGCCCCAAGGUCUUCAUAAAGAUGGAUGCUUGAGCCCAUUUAUAGGGGUAGUGAUGGGGGUCCUUGUUGAGGACUGCUGCAUGGUCACAAAGGACAGGAUCAGGCCCCAUCAUAGAGUCCAGAGACAGGAGCAGUUGGUGGUCAUAUCCCCAGAGCACUUUCCUAGCCACUGGUAGCUGGAGAAGGGACAUCCUAGCCCAACCUCUUUAUUCCUUUGUCAAAAUUAAACUUUUUGUACACAGAGGGGUUUCUUUCCAUAGAGCUUUUCUUACACUAAAAUUUCCAAGCCUGGUGGCCCUCCUGCUGUUCAACUGCAGGGAUGUCUCCG